CCCCUGCUCCUCCUCAAACCAAACUCACACGCCGCACCCAAAGCGACCAACCUCUUGCUUCCCACCGUACCUGCCUGCCACGCCGCAGCCUCCGGCUCCGAUGUCGUCGCAGCGCCCGGGCCGCCACCAGCGUCGCGCGUCGCAGAGCGUGUUCGUGCUCCCGGAGAACCUGGCCUCCCUCGACGUCGACGCGGCGGGCGAGGUGGGCGCGAAUUCGAAGGCCGGUGGCCCAGACGGCGCCGGCGCCGAGCAGCAGGCGAGGCCGCCCGCGGGGCGUCACCGCCGCGCCAUGUCCGUGGCCGUGGCCUCCACUAGGGACCUCGAGCUGAUCAAGGAGGACCUCGGCAGCUACAAGCUCGGCGCUUGAGAGAGGGGGCCGGCUGGCACGUCGCGUCAUGUGUAUAUAGCCUGUGGGUUAGCCGUGCCCAGACCUGGCUUUGAUCGGCGCUUAACAGUGGCUUAAUUACAAGGUCUCUCCUCCGUUGCUCUUUUUGUUUUCGCUCAACACACGCAUAUGUAAUACUACUACUAGUACUAUGUAGUAACUUUUUUCAUUACAAAGAGGAAGUAUUUGGACACUUUAAUCGCGUGAAGGUCCUGCUCAGUGGCAGCAUAUGACUACUUCUUAUACUUGUACACCGAGCUUAUAUAUGCAAUUCACAACAAUCUAUCUUUUUUCGCACAAUAAAAUGAUUGAAAUUAAGAUGCUA